AUGGUUGUUAAGACAUGGGAGACAUUCUUCAAGUUCCAUCAGCUUUCAGGACUCGUCCUGUUGGCCCUAGUGGCCACAGUUCUUUACGCGAACCGAAACAUUAGUUAUUGGAAGGCCGUGAAAGAAAAACGAACGGCAAAUUGCGAUUUUUUCAACGGGAGAUGGGUUUAUGACAAAGGGUCGUCAUACAAUGUUUACAAGGAGAACGAAUGUUCGUUCAUGGAGCUUAGUUUCGCGUGCGAAAGGAAUGGGAGAAAGGAUUUCGAGUAUCGAAAAUGGCGGUGGCAACCACAUUAUUGUGACAUUCCAAGGUUUGAUGGGAAUGCAUUUCUGGAGAAAAUAAGAGGUAAGAAAGUAAUGUUCGUCGGUGACUCGUUGAAUCGAAACCAAUGGGUCUCAAUGCUUUGCAUGAUCGAGCCAUAUCUUCCUCCAUCGGCAAACAAGACGUUGACCUUGGCUACCCGAUUCAACUCCUUUUACAAUGAAGAAUACAAUACGACGAUCGGCUUCUAUUGGUCGCCAUUUUUGGUCGAGUCGAAUUGUGACGACUACCUUAUGCACCGUAACUUUCAAAACCAUGUUGUAAGAAUUGAGGCCAUCGAGAAGCAUGCCUUGCAAUGGAAUGAUGCAGACAUAAUCAUUUUCAACUCCCAUGUUUGGUGGUUAAAUCCAAAAGUGACACUCUUGUGGGGAUCAUUUGCGAGUCCCGAUGCCAUCUACAAAAGGCUCGACAUGAGCAACCGUAUUUACAAGAUGGCGCUAAACACUUGGUCUGAUUGGCUCGAGAUGAACCUUAAUCGAACUAAAACAAAGUUGUUCUUCAUGGGCUCAUCGCCUUAUAUCACGAGAAGCGACACAUUGAGACAUUGCUACAAUAAAAGGGAGCCGAUUUCUGAGGAGGAUUUUGUGGUUUCGAAUCAAACAAUGGCGAGUGUAUUGGUAUCGGCUCUCGAGAGACUCGAGGAGAGAGGGGUAAAUGUGGAAUAUCUUCGCGUGACACGAAUGUCCGAAUACAGAAGGGACGCACACCCUUCUGUAUACCGGUCUUUUCCAAUGAACGAGGAGAAUAAACGAGACCCCUUGUCCUUUGCGGAUUGUUUGCAUUGGUGCCUACCGGGAGUCCCCGAUUUUUGGAAUCGCAUCCUCUACGAUUAUAUCAUGAAAUUGUGA